CUCCGUUGAGUGAAACUGCCUCCUGCUGCAGAUAGUGCCCGGCAUCAGAGUGGACAGGCCAAAAUCUCAGCAAGUUCGAACCUCUAGUACAAUAAGGCGAACCUCAUCUUUGGAUACAAUAACAGGACCUUACCUCACAGGACAGUGGCCACGAGAUCCUCAUGUUCACUACCCUUCAUGCAUGAAAGAUAAAGCUACUCAGACACCUAGCUGUUGGGCAGAAGAGGGAGCAGAAAAGAGGUCACAUCAGCGCUCUGCAUCAUGGGGAAGUGCUGAUCAACUGAAAGAGAUUGCCAAACUGAGGCAGCAGCUACAGCGCAGUAAGCAGAGCAGCCGUCACAGUAAGGAGAAAGAUCAUCAGUCACCUCUCCAUGGCAAUCACAUAGCAAUCAGUCACACUCAGGCUACUGGGUCAAGAUCAGUCCCUAUGCCACUGUCAAAUGUAUCAGUGCCAAAAUCAUCUGUUUCACGUGUGCCCUGCAAUGUAGAAGGAAUAAGUCCUGAAUUAGAAAAGGUAUUCAUUAAAGAAAAUAAUGGGAAGGAGGAAGUAUCUAAGCCUUUGGACAUUCCAGAUGGUCGAAGAGCUCCACUGCCUGCUCACUAUCGGAGCAGCAGCACUCGCAGCAUUGACACUCAGACUCCCUCCGUCCAGGAGCGCAGCAGUAGCUGCAGCAGUCACUCGCCCUGUGUCUCCCCCUUCUGUCCCCCGGAAUCCCAGGAUGGCAGCCCUUGUUCAACAGAAGAUUUACUCUAUGACCGUGAUAAAGACAGUGGGAGUAGCUCACCGUUACCCAAGUAUGCUUCAUCUCCCAAACCAAACAACAGCUACAUGUUCAAACGGGAGCCCCCAGAGGGAUGUGAGCGAGUGAAGGUCUUUGAGGAAAUGGCGUCUCGUCAGCCUCUCGCAGCCCCUCUCUUUUCAUGCCCUGACAAAAACAAGGUUAAUUUCAUCCCAACGGGAUCAGCUUUCUGUCCUGUAAAACUCCUAGGCCCUCUCUUACCUGCCUCCGACUUGGUGCUCAAGAACGCUCCUAACUCUGGCCAGAGCCCAGCUCUGACUGCUCUGACCAUUGAGCAGCUCUCCUCCCGAGUGUCCCUUGCGUCUCUUUCUGAAGACACCAGCACAGUGGGCUCCGCAGAGGUCUUAGCCCAACAGCCAUCUCAGCAGCAGCCGCUUCUGCAGGAACUGCAGGGUGAGGAGCUCGUCUCCACUCACAACUAUGUGAUCAUCUAAUGCAAGGGGGAGCCGGCCUCUACCCUGUGUUCCCUGGACUAGGAACUCGAUCUCUCAUACAUCUAUCUGCAUGGAGUGACAAACCUUACCGACCACCACCACCACCACCACCAAAAUACUUAUCAGCAUCACAAAGUAUCUCUUAACGUUGAUCUUGGCAGGGAUGGAACUCCUAUUAGCAGUUUUUGUGGAAAGCAGUAAUGCUUGCAAAAUGUGUGUGUCGUUCGGCAUUUUCAGUGGAGACUAUGCAUUUCAUAGUAUGUCUGACAGAUUAGUAUUGUGUCUUGUGUUUUGUUUCAAAAUCUUCAGUAUAAAUAAGCUCUAUAUCAAAAAGUUGCCUGUCUAAAUAGAAUGUCAACAAAGCAAUGUCUUGCUGUGUUUUGUCCUAUGGAAAAUACUGUACUUCAGGAUUAUGUUUACAAUUGAUCCAGGUGUUUGUUUCUAACUUCUGUAAUACAUACAAUGCAAAAAAAAAAAAGAAUAUAUAUAUAAAUAUAUGGCCACAACAGUUGCACAGUGCCCACCCUAUGGCCUAGCUUCAGGUACUUCAGUUGAAGUCUAAACUCAGGUAACUUGGAAUGUAUAUUAUAUUGGGAUAUUAAAUAUUUCACAGCUAAAAAGCUAAAGAGGGAACAUCACUCUUUUGCCUUUCCUUAUUUUAUGCAUUUCCCUGUCCUCAUUACAUUCCACAUUCUUGGAAUAAAAAGUGCAUUCAACCUUAGGAAAGCGAUAAUCCUGGACAUGGAUGAACAUGAGGAGAACCAGCAAAUCCGUCUGUCUUGAGAUCACUUUUGUCAUGCGGUUACAAGUCAAACUACUGUUGCAUUCACUGUUUCAGCACGUGUAAUCUGUAAAAGUGGCUUUUUCGUUUCUUUUUUUCCCAAGUUCAAUGUUGCUCUGCAAAUGACUGUUACAAUGUUGCAAAUACAGUGUUCUGUACUAGGCUGUACAUAACAUUCCACAUGGCGCUGAUGAAUUUGUGAAUGUCCAGGUUUCCCUUUAAAACAAUUGCAGCUUCACAGGGGAGGAUCAAGAUUUGUGUGGGCCAUUGGAGUCAUGAAAGGCUACUGUUCUAUCUAAAGGCAUAUUAGUAUUUGGUUUCACUGGGGUUUUGUUUUCCUCAAGCAGUUUGUGUGUAGGAGCUGCAUUUAACUUGCUGAGAGAGGAUAUGUGAGUCUCAGAAGUAAUGCAACAUAAGUAAGCAGGUGAUUUGCAAAAGCAGUUGUUAGAAGCUGUGUCUCAUAAGCCUCUCAUAAUACCAUCAUGAGUACUUUUGUUAAGAUUCUGGAUGUGUGAAUAGACCAUGAGCCCAAGUAAAUAGCUUUGAACUUGCAGAUGUGACGUAAGUUCUCAACAAAGCGUGAAGAGAGCCUUAGAUAUUCCUGUUUAGUCAUUAGGAGAACCCAAUUUCCAGAUAGUGUUUUCUGAAGCUCAAAGAGGGUAUCCAAAAAGAUGCUUUUGUACUUUUAUCCCAUUGCUUUCAGUCCGAUAAAACCUAGACGCGUUUCAUCGACACCUAAAGUGUGUGGCACAAUCUUCUUAAGAAUUGGGAAAACAAGGUGCCUACCGUAACAGGAGUGCUUCACUUAGUUCCCUUUAAUCAUUCCUUCAGUCUUCCUUCUUUUCUCUUUCUUUGCUUUUGGUUUUCUAAAAUGGUUGGAGGUUGAGGUCAUAAAGCAAAACAAAAAGGAAGCAACACAACUGCUAAAAAAAGAAAUGGAUGUAUGUGUGUGACUGUGUCCGUGUGUUGUUGUCCAUUAGCUUUUCCGUAAUCCCCAACUCUCUUCUUUCCACCAAAGUUUGCAGCAAUGUUCUCUCCCGAAGGUGCAUCCUGGCUCCUUUACGUUAGUCAGUGUUAUAUUGUAGGAGACUGUCAUGGAAAAAGGGACUCGGUUUACUUUUGCCAUUUUCACAGGGGAACCUUUAAAACAAUCUUUCCAACAGCAAACACCUUUAACCCUAAUAAUCUCAGGCCUUGAUGAAAAUACUAUAUUUUGUAGAUUAUGGUUAAAGGGAGAGAAAUACUAGUUCUGUAAGAUAAAUAUGAGCUCCAUUUAACUUCUGAUCUCUGGUUUAGCAUUAUAUAAUGUGUUGAUCUUAUGCUCUGCUUUUGUCCAAAUAAGAUGCAGUCGUAUCACUAUCAGUUUCAGAAAGAUGGACUCAUUAUGCUUUUAUGGUGAUGAAAUCUGAUGUACGAUAUUUAUAGUGACAUGUACUUUUAUUUUCUCAUGAGAAACUAAAUAUUAAUUGUGUUGUACAUUUGUUCUUAGCAUAUAUUAAAGUUUUGAACCAAAUGUGUUAAAGCUUAUGCUUUGCCAUGUAAAUUACCCAGAAGUUGUUGAGCUCAAAUGUAUCCUACGUGCAGCUGUAGAAAUUUGUCAAAGAAUUGUUUAAAUUUUGUAUAUAGUUGUACGGUUUAAUUCUAGCCACCAUGCUGAACAGUAUUGGAGUUACCAUACGAUAUGGCUUUACACAAGGAAAUAUGUGGCUUUGUUUUAUAAUUUUUUUCAGUAUAGAAGUUCCUGUGUCUUAUUUAAAUAAAGUUAUUAGUAAAACUGGAA